CAUCUCCAAGCUUGUCUCUGGAAAGAAAGUCCAAACGCAUAUAUUCCAAACAACGACCCCACCAUGGCAGACUUAUCCGUUGAAGACAAGUGCGAGCUCGCAGCCCGUCUCAUCGAACAAACUCCCCCAGGAGAAAUCAACGAUGUCAUCAAUGAUAUCAGAGCCAUUAUCAACGAUGACCAGGCUCUCAUGCCUCAUGUGCUUCCCGCUUUAAGGUCUUAUAAUCUCUCUCAGCUGCACGUUAUUGAGCACCCUGAGCUUGAUGAAGUCCCUGCCCACACAUCUCUUUUGUCCAAAGCAGUAAUGCUUCCAGGGUCGGAGAACGAGAGGUAUGUGGAUAACGUUGGUAAAAAGAGCUUUGCCUUUGAUCACUUGACUUUCACUGUCUCCGACUACCGGCCAUAUGAGCUGCCCGAGGAGGAGGAGACUUUCCGCGCCGAGCUUGCCAGGUCUCUGGAGGCUUACUCUAAGAACCACUUCCCUUCAGGUUUUUACUCUGUUGCGUGCUCCCAAUUCCCUCUCAACCCUCAACCAACUGCUACCGACAUUGCCGAGCCUGAAUCCAUGGCUCCUGAUGAGGCUGCUCCGGCCGAGGAUCUGAUCCCUACCGCUGCUGAGGGCGAACCAUCUGCUGAAACUGCUGUUGAAAAAAUGGACGUAGAAGACGACGUCGAUGUCACAGAUGUUGUGGAUGAACUGGUUAACAGUGGUGAUUUAGAACCUUCGUCUACGCCUGCUGUGGGUCAUGUCGACAGCAAGGGGGAUAUUAGCGAUCCUGAACGUUUGGAAGCACUUGACGAAGCCGUAGAAGAAGAAAAGGAAAGGGAGGAAGAGGAAGAAAGGGAGAACGGCGAAGGGAAUGUUGUGGAGAAAAUAUCAGAGCCGAAAGCUGAAGAGGAAGACGGACCUAAGCUUCCUGAGGAGGAAGAAGAGGAGAUUGAGAAGAAGAUUGAAGGUCUGAAUGUGGAGGAAAAGAAACAGGAGAGAAUUGAAAACCCAUUGUACACACUAGAGGUAGUUGGUAACCGUUAUAACCCCAGCAAUUUCUGGACGGGUAGAUGGCGUACCCGCUGGGUUGUUGACCAAGCAGCUGGAAAAGUCAAUGGUAUCAUCAACGUUAAUGUUCAUUACUACGAACAAGGCAAUGUUCAGCUUGCUACUAACCACACUGCUUCCUUCCCGUGCCCUACUGAGCCUAACGGCUCUCAAUCCAUUGCAUCCCAGAUAGUAACAACUAUUAGCAAGAUCGAGACCAACUACCAACUUGAACUUAACGAUGUGUACAAUGAGCUCGGUGAAAAGGCUUUCCGAGCGUUACGCCGGACAUUGCCUGUCACUAGACAGAAGGUGGACUGGGACAAGGUCACUGGAUACACACUUGGUGCUGACCUUUCGAAGGCACGAACAUAAUGUUUUGUUGCGAAAAAUGUAUAUACACAGCUCUGCAGGUUGAGACCAUCCGAAAUACGCUUGUGAAUGUUUGUAGCUAGGCAAUGCAUGUAAGAAGUUUGGUG